UGUCAUGUGUAGGGUUACCUAAGGGCUGGUCCUUGGCGGGGGAGGGGGAGUUGUAUAAAAGCGAAAAACAGAAGAAGCAGAGACUUGGCAUUACCGACAAACCAUGUGAAAAACAAAUUCGCGUUAACAAAAUGCUGUUAAAAAAAUAUGUAAAAACGCGCCGCAAGGUCAAGAUUCUGCUGCUGGUCACAAUUGUGGCCCUGAUUGUGAUCACCUGCAUCAUUUUGCUUGGCACGUCGGGGGCACCAAAUAGUGCGACAAUUGAGCGUUUGCUGGACGAACGUUUCAUUGCGCGCGCCUAUCAGCCGCAGUCGGAGCAACUGCAGCUGCAGCAGCCGCGGGAGCAGGCGGUAGCCCUGCUCCAAUCGCAUCGCGAAAAUGGCGUCAUUGUGCCGGAAAAGUAUGACGAGCAGAAGAUCAAGUCGCGCAUCAUGCAGAACCGCCUGCAGCAGGCGAAGCAGCAGCAGCAGCACGACGCUGAGGCGGAGCAGGCACGCACCACGGUUGAUGCUCUGGCCACAGCUGUUCACAUAUUCUAUACGGCUCCGGUGCCCUGGUACAAGUCCAAGAAGCCGCCACUGCCACCGCCAGAGCAUCCCAAUGAGGUUGCGCUGCCGCUGACCACACCAAAGCCGGUUAAGAUACUGAAUACGGCUUUCUAUCCGGCCCUGGGCUUGUAUAAGCCCACCGUCAAGCUGCUGGGCCAGCAUAUGGAUAACAUACGCAGCUGUGGCAUUGGCGUGAUCAUAUUAAGCUUUGUCCGGCCGUCGGAUCCGGCGCUAUUGCAUCAAAUCAUUGACCUGGCGCCGCAGCAUAAUCUGAGCGUCACCUUUGAACUCAGCGUCGCGGGCAAUCGUACGCUGGAGUUUGUGCGCCAGCAGCUGCAGGAUAUUGCCGCGUAUGUAGAGCUGCCGGGCUUUUAUCGCGUGUGGAGCCAAUCGCGUGCCGCAUUGCUGCCCGUGCUCUAUGUGAGCAAUGCGUAUAAGCUGAGUGAGAGUUUGGGCCGGCAUCUGUGCCGACCCACGGUCCAGGAGCUGGCGGAGCAGCAGCAGGUGCCUGGAGAGAUAGGUGGAUUGCGGCGUGUGCUGGAUGCCUUCUUCAUUGGGCACAUCAGACUUAAAAGCCAUGCGGAUGUUCUGCGUCGUUUGUGCUUCGAUGGCUUCUACAGCAAAUUGCCUAGCAAUGGCGCCGUCUUUGCCAGCACCUGGAAGAACUGGUCCUAUCUCAAAUCAUAUGCCCUGUCCUACAAAAUGCUGUUUGUGCCAACAGUGGGUCCAGGCUUUGCGGAGCGCAAUAAGUUUCCACGUCAUGGUGAUAUACAACGACACAGGAGCAAUGGGCGCUACUAUGGCGUGGCCUGGCGCACAGCCAUACUAAACCAUGUGGGCUUCAUCAACAUAGCCAGCUACAAUAAUUGGCCGGAUGGUAGCCAAAUCGAGGAGGUUGUGCCACGCGCCGGUUUUCUAGAUUACAAUCCGGGCUCGAGGACCAAAUAUCUGGAUCUAACGGCCCACUGGGUGGGUAAUUUUCUAAAGACGCGCCAAGAGGCAGCCGCGGCGGCAGCGGGUGCGCCCCAGAACUGUUACGAGCUGCUCAAUAAUACAAUUUGUUGAGACGGACGUUUAUGCGUGUGCAAUUCGUGAUUAAGGAAAUCACCAAAGAACUCAUAUCGUCGAUUCAACUUGUUGCCUUACCCAUGGAGGAGGAGCAGUCAGUCGUAGCUUCCAUUUGAUGCACGUGCUAAAUGUGCGUGUUUACUUUAAAAGCAAUCAAUUGCAAUUGCAGAAAAAAAUUACUUUCUUACUGUUAACAAGUCUUCUACUACAAAAAAAUCAACUAAAAAUGCCUAUAUAGCAACUAUUACAAUUAUCUAUGUAUCUGCCAAAAAGUAUAGAAAAAGUCUAUUUAAAGUGCAAGCAAUAUAUAUUUAGGUAAACAUAUGUAACUAGGGCCUAGUCAUAAAACAGCGCCAAAUUAUUUUAAAAUUUUUAGCUUUUGAUUAGUAUUAUUAACAAAAACAACAACAACAAUAU